GAUCAUUGAUGCUGGGAACAAGAGGUUGACAACUGUCUCUGGAAGACCACAGCAGAUCUCAUGCAGACUCAGCAGAGUGCAGCGGACGUGCUCGGCCAUGGCUCCCAGAUCACUUUUUCUGGGGAGCCCGACGUUUCUUCAAGACACCCCAGCCUGAAAUCUCCAGAGCUGUCUUACGAGGUGGUCAUCUCCCCCGGACUGCCGACUCCUCCUCUGAGCCCUUUUCACACUACUAGGCUGCCAUCUGGAGCUGUCAAGGGGUCAGAGCUGAAUGGAGAAGGACCAGCAGCGCCCAGCUUUGGAUCAUACUACGGAUCAUCACAGUUGCAGAGUGGCCUGUCCAACGGAGUCCAAGACAGUUUACCUCGCAGCUGGACAUCAAACAAGGAGGAGAGGCUCAUCAAGUUCUCAGGAAUCGGACCGGUGGACGAGACAGGGAUGCCCAUCGCCUCCAGAUCUAGUGUGAAAAAGCCCAGGGACUGGUACAGGAGCAUGUUCAGGCAGAUUCACAGGAAGCCAGAGGAGCUGGAAGACUCGGAUCAGUGGUCAACAGAACGGCCUCCAUCUUCUUCUGACCGAGAGGAACGUAAGGAAACAGACAAGAACCUCUUCAGACUCACACCUUAUGGAUCCCUGCCAGACUGGAGCGAGGAUGUAGAUAAGUUGUCAGACCCUGCAAAGCGACAACCUCAGCCGAGGAGCAUAUUCGACUUCGAGCCCAUUAGAAGCUCCACCUCAGAGAGCCACAGUCAGGGUCCUUCAUCUCCAAAAACCAAUUAUGAGAAACCAAAGUCCCUUUCCAUUGAGGCCAGCCUGGCGUCUGAGCUGAGCCGCUUCGAGGCUGAGCUGGACUCGGAGAUUCAGGGCCUGGAGAGGACGCUUUCCCAGAAGAAGCAGCGUCGAGGCCGGGGUGAGGAGGCCAGAAGCAGAAGUCCAGGUCCUGCUCCAAAGACCGGCUCUACCAACCACAGCAGUUUAUCAGCGUCAAAGCAGCCUGUUCAGCAUUCUGGUGGCUCAUCAUUGACAUCUGCUCCUGCACAUGUAGAGCGUCUUUCGCCUGCAAAUGACAUCAUGGAGCUGCCUUCCAAAAAAGAAGAGAAAAAGAUGAAAGCUGCAAGAGCCAAGUUUAACUUCAAGGCGCAGUCGCCCAAAGAGCUGCCGCUGCAGAAAGGCGACAUCAUUUACAUCCACAGGCAGGUCGAUGCCAACUGGUUUGAAGGAGAGCAUCAUGGACGAGCUGGUAUUUUCCCCACUUCUUACGUGGAGAUUCUGCUUCCUACAGAGAAGCCGACUCCUCUCAGGUCUCCUACCCUGCAGGUGUUGGAGUACGGGGAAGCUGUGGCUCUGUAUAACUUCAACGCCGACCUCCCGGUUGAACUUUCGUUUCGUAAAGGCGAGGUGAUCAGUAUAACCAGACAAGUGGACGAUAAGUGGCUGGAGGGCAGGAUCUCUGGGACAAGCCGGAGCGGCAUCUUCCCCGCCAGUUACGUGCAGGUCAACAAGAUGCCCCGCACCAAAUACUCCACGGACGACCUCCCAUCGAGCCCCUUGUCUCCCAUCUCUCCUGGACUGCAGAGUCCAGGACUCGCGCUGCACACCCCGUUCUCUCCCGCUUCACUGAGCCCCCGACCCGAGCACUCCCCAGUUAAACUGUCCUCACCUGUUCUAUACGGCAGCCCUGCCUCACAGUCACGCUCCCCCAUCCAGACACGCAAUCGUUCUCCUGACAGCACCUUCAGAAUGGCUUCACCCACCAACCAGAACAGCCACCUGGCUGCACCACCCUCUGCUGGCCUGAGCUCCACAGUUAGAGCAGGUUCCUAUCAGCCGUCUUCCUCUGUGCACAGAGCAGGAGCCCCCACUGAUCCCUCACAGGGUGCACCUCAGAUCGUCCCCUCUAAUCCGCGCAUCAACUCUCAGCCACAGAGCAGCCCUGGUUCAACGAUGCUGCAACGCCAACCGUACAAGGCGAUUUACAACUACAACCCUCAGAAUUUAGACGAGCUGGAGCUUAGGGAAGGAGACAUUGUGCAAGUGAUGGAGAAAUGUGAUGACGGCUGGUUUGUAGGUACGUCAGAUCGGACCCGUGCUUUUGGGACUUUUCCUGGGAAUUACGUAGCACCGGUUUGACUUCCUCACUUCACUGCCUGCAGCCGUCCAUCGGGACUGACACG